UUUUAGCACUAGUUGGUAUUGCUCGAACCUUCGUAAAAACCGUUGAAAAUAUCAAAUAAAAACUGUGUAACUAAUAACUAAUUGUAAAUUGUGCAGUUGAAAGUGAAAAUUAACGCCAGCAAAAUGUAUUUUUUGGCAGUGCUUGCGUUUAUUGGAAAUGCCAAAGAUAGCAACGCGGUGAGCUCUAGCCUUAUUCCGGGCGGCCAUUGUCGCGAUUACAAUGGCAAACUCUAUGAGACGGGCAUGCAUUAUAUGCCCGGACCGGACUCGUGUCGUCUGUGCAUCUGCGACAGCGGGCUGCCGAAGGCGUGCAAAAUGGUGUUGUGCGAGGCGUUUAGUAAAUGCAAGUCCUUUCAAACGGUUGGCAGCGGCAACAAUUGCUGCGAGGUCAUCUGCCUGGAUGAUCAGUUCAGCGAUGGCAGCACCGACUUUGGCAUUUGACUGGUGGCCAGUGGCAUUACAGC